GCCUUACGGCAACACUGGUUGGAAACAGUGAAGAUGUGUGGAAGCCGUGGGGCACAGUGAUUGUGAUUUUUCGUUCAUUAUUGCAUUGUUACUUUAUUAUUUUUGUAAUACUUUAUUUUGCAUAGUGUAGUGAUGUUUUUGGUGGUGUGAUGAACAAUUUUGACAUGCAACUAAUGCAGAAAAAUAACAUUUAAAUAUAUAAUACCAACAGAAACUGGACGAAUUUAAAGUUCGUGAAUGAGGUUUUGUUUUUAUAGAUAAUGGCAAGAGAAGACGUGUCUGUGACUAAAAAGCAGAAUUCCAAUGCGGAUUGCAAUAAGUUCAAAGUUAACGGAGCUACCGAAUCAUGUGAUAAAGCAGUUAGUUUAUUGGAUACCAAACCAAAUGACGACAGUAACGAUUAUGACUUGGUGCCGCCGGAUGGAGGUUGGGGUUGGUUGGUAUUACUUGGAUCGAUGAUGGUUAACAUUCUCAUACCGGGUACCAUUAAAAGUUUUGGUGUAUUAUUCGUUGAAUUUUUGGAAGCUUUCGAUGCGUCUCCAGCGACAGGAGCGUGGAUACCCGCUCUUUGUUAUUUCCUGUAUAGUUCGUUAGGCCCCGUUUCCAGUAUAUUAUCUGUUAAGUAUUCAUACCGUACAGUAACGCUUAUGGGUGGUGCUUCAGCGGCAUUUGGUAUGAUCGCGUCAUUUUGGGCCUCAUCUGUAGCCUACUUGUACUUAAGUUAUGGAGUUCUAGUGGGGAUAGGUGCCGGUCUAUCAUUUCCUCCAACCGUGUAUAUAGUGACGUCAUACUUUGUUAGACUACGUGGACUGGCGAAUGGACUAUGCAUAUCGGGUAGUGCACUUGGAUCAAUUAUUUUACCGCCUGUAUUGCGAUGGCUGCUCGAAACUUAUGGAUACAGAGGUGCCGUUCUUAUCAUGGGUGGAAUAACAUUAAACGUAUUUGUCGCUGCAAUCUUUUAUGAACCAGUGGAGCAACAUAUGAUUCGGGUACCUAAAAAUAAGAAUGCCCUUGAAGAUAUCGAGGAAGAAGACAUCGGAAUUGUAAUGAAAUUUGAAACUGUAGACGAAGCUGGUUCAAUCAAUAACGAUAUAGCAUCACAUGAUGGUUGCAGUGAUGUAGGCACAAAACCAUUUCCUCCAUAUAGUCCGCCAUCUCUGUUACCGGAUAAUCAAUUCGUACGUAGCGCAUCAGCUGCCGUAGUACAAAAUUACAGUAAGCAUCAAGACGAAUAUACACCAACCUCUCGCACACGAAAGAUUAGCACCCCCGUCCGCUUGCCGCAACGCAACCAAACAUUUACGCCUGGGCAAUUAAAUUCACAAUCAUCGUUGUAUGCUGUACCAGAAGGAGAUCGAUCUAGCCAUAAACUCGAUCGUCUCAGCGCUCUGCGUAACAGUUCUAAGAACCGACUUUCGCGUCGUUCGCCUUCCACCAGCAGUUUUCAAUAUAUAAGCACACCUUAUCACGGCAGCACACUCUCGUUCCAACCUAAAGAAUUUUCUUCACAUCUGUCAUUACGUUCGAUGGCAAGUAGUACAGGGGCAGCAGCUGGCGAAAGUUUAAUGGGUGAUGUGACCGGCGAAAAAGGUGAACAAGAACCAGUUACUCGCUCAAAAUUCUUUGAUCUUAGCUUAUUGAAGGAUCCAACUUAUCUGGUUAUACUAAUUUCGAAUUCAACAAAUGCCAUUGGUUACACCAACUUCAUUAUAUUACUGCCUGCGUACGGCGUUGCGUUAGGUUUUAAUAAGUCCCUAGCAGCUUAUCUGAUAUCAAUUGUAUCGGCGACCGAUCUUAUCGGGCGAAUCGGAGGAUCGGCACUUUCAGAUCUCGGUCUUAUACCAAAGACUUGGUACUUCAUUGGCGGUCUAGCAGUAUCCGGUUUGUCACUUGCUCUUUUACCAUUCGCCACCAGUUAUAGUAUGCUGAGUUUUUGGUGUGCCGUUUUCGGUCUCGCAUCUGGUAUAUACGUCGGCAUUACCGCUGUCAUUAUGGCUGAUAUGCUGGGCGAAGAGCGAUUAACAUCAUCUUAUGGUAUCAGCUUAUUUGUGAAUGGAAUAUUGCAAUUAAUUGGACCACCACUAUGUGGCGUUUGGUACGAAGCAGUAAUGGACUAUCGUCCGCUAUUUCACACAUUGGGACUUACGUUAUUGGGUGGCGCCAGCCUUUGGAGUUUCAUGCCAUUUAUUAAUAGACAAAAAGCCAAAGAAGAGAAAAUGAAGCAAGCACAAUGCGACAACGAGGCGCAUUAAAUGUAUUUUUUCAUAUACAAAACUGCGUUUUUUCUACUAAAUGCAUUCUUAUUUACUUAAAUUUAAAAGUAAUAUUCGCGCGUAGUUAAUAAAGUCAAUAUUUUGUAUACAAGAAA